AAAAUGGUCCGUUGGUGCUGGUCACCAUUUGCUACAAAAUUCUCAAAGCUUCUUGUUUUCUCCAAUUACGUACACGUUCUUGAUUCUUUCUUGGCGCUAAAAUCUACAUCCAGACAAAAUAAAUAAAUAAAUUCUCUGAAUUCCAUUUUCCGUUGGCUAAAUAAAUAAAUAAAUAAAUAAAAAAUGCCAUCUUUUUUGCAAAAAUUGCCACCAUCGCCAUUCGCCCUUGCACUAACUGUCCUCUUCCUCUAGCACUGAACAGUCCAUGGCUUCUUCUCUUCAAGCUAAUCCUCGAUUCUAUUAUUACCGGUUCGGUUCUUCUUCUAGCAAAAAUCGGAAUUUCAGCUUUCACCGGGGGUUUCGGUUUCCGGUUCGGUUUAGUGGGGUUUUUGAACUAAAAACGAGGAGUGUUCUGAGUAGUAGAGAUGGCGCUAACUUAAUUGGUUGCUUUUGUAAAGUGAAUGAUGGUGCGGUUGAGAAGGUUUCUAUUGAGGAACAACAGAAUGAGAUUGAACGGCCUCGUUUUGAUAUUAAUCUUGCUGUUAUUCUUGCUGGUUUUGCUUUUGAAGCUUAUACAACUCCACCUGAAAAGAUUGGUAGGCACGAAGUUGAUGCUGCAGGUUGUAAGACUGUGUACCUUUCAGAGGCAUUCGUGCGAGAGAUAUACGAUGGUCAGUUGUUUAUAAAACUGAAAAAGGGUUUGGAUUUGCCUGCAAUGGAUCCAUGGGGAACAAGUGAUCCUUACGUGAUCAUGCAAUUGGAUAGUCAGGUUGUCAAAAGCAAGGUUAAAUGGGGGAAAAGGGAACCAACUUGGAAUGAGGACUUCACUUUCAAUAUUAAGCAGCAUGCAACAAAAAAUCUUCAGGUUGCAGCUUGGGAUGCAAACCUUGUAACUCCACAUAAACGCAUGGGUAAUGCAUCUAUUAUCCUCGAGUGCCUAUGUGAUGGGAACUUGCAUGAGGUGCUGGUGCAAUUGGAAGGUAUGGGUGGCGGUGGAAAGUUACAGGUAGAGGUUAAGUAUAAAACUUCUAGUGAAAUUGAAGAAGAAAAAAAGUGGUGGAGGAUUCCCCUUGUUUCAGAAUUUCUUCGGAGAAAUGGUUUUGAUUCUGCAUUGAAAGUGGUCUCUGGCUCUGAGAGUGUUCCAGCACGUCAAUUCGUAGAAUAUGCUUUUGGCCAAUUGAAGUCAUUCAAUGAUGCAUACCUUGCCAAGGAUCGAUUUUCAAACAAUAAUGGCUCAGAAGUUGCAAGCAAUUCCAACAAUUCUAUAGCAUCAGAAAACAUUUCAGGAUCUUCUUUGGAUAACCAAAGUUGCAGUGGAGAAAGCCCUUCACAGAUAGAGAAAGUUUCAGAAGCCUCUUUGGAUAAUACAAAUGGCGGGGAAGAAAGUAAUUUAGAGUUGUCCCACACUGAUAAUGGUGGCUUAGUCAGUCAUGCGGCGGAAUUGGUGACAAAAGCUGGUGGGAGUAUGCAAUCAGAUAAACAAUUUUGGAAGAACUUAGCUGAAGUUGUUAACCGAAGUGUUGUUCAGAAACUCGGUCUCCCUGUUUCUAUGGAAUUAAAGUGGGAUGGGUUUGACUUAUUGAACAAGAUUGGGUUGCAGUCACAAAUGAUCGCUGAAGCAGGUUAUAUUGAAUCAGGACUUGCAACGUGUGAAGAUCAGGGUAUUGACGGUGAUAAAAGUGGCCUGCCAUCCAUUAGCACAAUUCAGUCUUCACUUCCAGAUAUAAAAAAGGCAACAGAGGAUUUAUUAAAGCAAACUGAUUCUGUUUUAGGGGCACUGAUGGUUUUGACAGCAACAGUUUCUAAAUUAAAUAAAGAAGCACGGAUCUCUGGAACGAGUUCUUCUGAGAGUGAGAAAUCUAUUAGCUCACUGGAUGUGCCUGCAUUGGAUGAGAAGAAAGCUGAGGAGAUGAGAGCACUAUUUUCAACUGCAGAGAGUGCGAUGGAGGCUUGGGCAAUGCUUGCUACUUCACUGGGCCAUCCAAGUUUCGUUAAGUCUGAAUUUGAGAAACUAUGCUUUUUAGAUAAUGCAUCCACAGAUACACAGGUUGCAAUUUGGCGUGAUUCUGCACGAAAAAGAUUAGUUGUUGCUUUCAGGGGGACAGAACAAUCAAAAUGGAAGGACUUGCGAACUGAUUUAAUGCUAGCUCCUGCUGGCCUAAAUCCUGAAAGGCUUGGUGGAGAUUUCAAGCAAGAAGUUCAGGUUCAUAGUGGUUUUUUAAGUGCAUAUGAUUCGGUCAGGAUAAGGAUCAUCUCCACCAUUAAACUGGCAAUUGGUUAUAUUGAUGAUGGAGCUGAACCACCAGUUAAAUGGCAUGUUUAUGUUACAGGUCAUAGUUUGGGUGGUGCAUUAGCCACCCUCCUUGCUCUUGAACUUUCAUCAAGUCAGCUAUCAAAGCGUGGUGCAAUUUCAGUGACUAUGUAUAACUUUGGAUCUCCUAGAGUUGGUAACAGAAGAUUUGCAGAACUUUAUAAUCAGAAAGUUAAAGACACUUGGAGAGUUGUGAACCACAGAGAUAUCAUACCAACAGUUCCUCGCUUGAUGGGAUAUUGCCAUGUGGCUCGGCCUGUUUAUCUAGCAGCUGGAGAACUAAAAGAUGCUUUGGAAAAUCUGGAGCUUUCAACAGAUGGUUACCAAGUCGAUGUGAUUGCAGAAUCGACACCAGAGGUUCUUGUCCAAGAAUUUAUGAAAGGAGAGAAGGAGCUUAUUGAAAAGAUAUUGCAAACUGAAAUCAAUAUAUUCCGGGCUCUUCGAGAUGGUACUGCACUUAUGCAGCAUAUGGAGGAUUUCUAUUACAUUACAUUGCUCGAGAGUGUAAGAUCGAAUUACCAGACUGCCAGGAGGCAAGAAAGCAAUGAACAGGAUAGGAUAUCGAUCAGCUAAGAAGAUAGCACAUCUGAACGCCAGUAGCUGGAGCCUUGUCCGUAUAUCUUUCCAACAGUUCCUUUUUUAUUUGUUCUUCUCUUUUGAGAAGACUAUUUACUGUAGUUAUUACAGAACACUUUUGCACUUGUCAGGCAAGCUAUACAUAAAGUCCUGUAGGAUUAUAAUGGAAAGAAUACUUGUACAGGCAUACGAGGGAAACAAAAAAUUGCACAGGACAUUCUGGGGCGGUGCUAUUGCUGCACCCUAUUUUGUUAAGACCAAAUAGAAAUACUAUCUUACCAUCAUUAAAAGAAAUUAUUAACUCAUA